AUGGCGUCAGAACCGACCAAAGUCGCCACUGGCGACGAUGUUCAAACCAUCUCGAAGGAGAAGGAUGCCGGUUUGGCCCAUGUGCCCUCUCGUCCCGAAGAUGAUAAACUGGGAAUUACGCCCGAUGGCGGCGAACCGACUGAAGAAGAAAUGCAGACGCUGCGUCGUGUUCCCGACAAGAUUCCGCUGAACAUCUACACUAUCGCAUUUAUCGAGCUGUGCGAGCGAUUCUCGUACUACGGUACCACUGCCGUAUUUACCAACUUCAUUCAACAGCCUCUCCCCCCCAACUCCUCGACCGGCGCCAGCGGUGACAUCAACCAUGGGCAAGCUGGUGCUCUUGGCCUUGGCCAGCGCACUGCCUUCUCCCUGACGACUUUCAACUCGUUCUGGCAGUAUACAAUGCCUCUGUUUGGUGCUUACGUUGCCGACUCUAUUCUUGGCCGUUACCGAACCAUCUGUACCGCCCUUCUUGUCGACAUCAUUGGCCAUGUUCUCUUCAUCAUCUGCGGUCUCCCUCCUGUUAUUAAGAACCCUAAUGGCUCGCUUGCUGCUUUCUGCUUGGGUGUUAUCCUGGUCGGUGUCGGUACCGGCGGUUUCAAGCCCAACGUCAACCCUCUGAUUGUCGAGCAGCUUGACUUGGAAAAGAUGGUGGUUCGAACGCUGCCCACUGGCGAGCGUGUGAUUGUUGAUCCUGCGACUACUGCCUCCCGUGUCUACCACUACUUCUAUCUAUUCAUCAACAUUGGCGCUCUGCUGGGCCAGCUCGCCAUGGUCUACUGCGAGCACUAUGUCGGCUUCUGGUUGUCUUUCACCCUGCCUACCAUCCUGUUGUGCCUCUGUCCGCUUGUCAUGCUCUGGGGCCGCCGCCGGUACCGUCGUGUCCCGCCUCAGCCGUCGACCCUCGGCAAGUCGUUCAAGCUGUUCUGGCUUGCCAAUAAGGGCCGCUGGUCUCUCAAUCCUGUAAAGACAUGGAAGCAGCUACAUGAUGGAACCUUCUGGGAGAACGUCAAGCCCUCCAAGUUUGACGAUGCUACCAGGCCUAAGUGGAUGGAUUUCAACGAUGCUUGGGUUGACGAGGUCCGCCGUGGCUUCAAUGCCUGCGCUGUAUUCCUGUGGUAUCCUCUCUUUUGGAUCUGCUACAACCAAAUCAACAACAACCUCAUAUCCCAAGCUGCCACCAUGCGUGUUGAUGGUGUUCCAAACGACGUGUUGACCAACCUUAACCCCUUUGCUCUGAUUAUCAUGAUUCCCAUCCUGGACACCGUCGUCUAUCCUGCCCUCCGCAAGUUGCGUAUCAACCCGACUCCUCUCAAGCGCAUCACUGUCGGUUACUUCGUCGCUUCCGCCGCCAUGAUCUGGGCCUGCGUCAUCCAAUACUAUAUUUACAAGCGCUCUGAGUGCGGCCACUACGCCAACGACUGCGACCCCGUCAACAUCAGCAUGUGGGCUCAAUCUGGCUCUUACAUCCUAAUCGCUUUCUCCGAGAUCAUGGCUUCCAUUACCAGUCUCGAGUACGCCCACUCGAAGGCUCCAGCGAACAUGCGUUCCAUGGUCCAGUCAGUUGCGCUCUUUAUGAACGCCAUCUCGUCGGCCAUCGGCUUCGCGCUGGCUCCCCUGGCCGACGACCCGAACCUGAUCUGGAACUAUGGCGUUGUCGCUGUUCUUGCUGCCAUUGGUGGCACCAUGUUCUGGAUACAGUUCCGCCAUCUUGAUGAGCAGGAAGAUGAGCUUAACAUGCUUCCGACCGGCGAGUUUGGAAACCAGGCUGCUGCGGUACCGGUUGAGACCGUUAAGGAGUCGGACAAGAGCCAGGCUUAA